UUACCGUGUCUUUGGUCGAUAAAAUUAAGUAUGUUGUGACCCUGGAUGUUUUUGUUCAAGUUUUUUAAGUGCAGUAAUGCUUUUGAUAAACUUUUUUCAGCCGACUGAAUCAUGGCGUUUUCUGUCCCAUUGGUCAUGUGACACCAUUGUGAUAACUAUAGAACGUCAAGUAUCGUAUGAACUCUCUUCUAUGAAAUAAAUCAGUUGUAAAUUCUGGUAAAGUAUCUCGGAAGAAGAUGUGUGACGUAAAUUUUUCAACAAGUAAUCUUUCGCAUGUUAUAAUUAUUUUGAUGAUAUCGAUACAAACCAAUCGAUAAAUAUUGGCAAUCAAGAGGAGUCGGUAUAACAAUCGAUACUAAAUACCAAUGAUGAAGUGUAAUAGUUUUACAAUGGAUGAUAAUUAAUUUUUUAAAGAUUCCGUAAAAACGUGUGUGUUUUGUUUGCUCUGCAUAUAUUUGAAGAUCAGUUGUAUAUUUUGGACAGCUUUGGGCUUUUAAACCGCGGUUCCUUGCCGCGUUCUUGGCUACAUUGGAACGCAUAUUCAAUUUCAAAAUGCCCUUCCCGCUUUAUAUUUUCAAGCGAUUGUUUUGAAUUUGUAAUUUGAUACUCAGAUGCAGAGUGAAAUUUGGUAUUCAAAAUAUCAAGUGAAUAUAAACAUGCAACGAACUCUCCGAAGACACAAAUCGACGCGAAAACGAAAGGACUUGAAUUUGUUGCGAAGCCGAUGUGUUCGCUUUGGAAUUGAAUUUCUCUCUUGGUGAUCUAUUUGUGUUUCUGAAUGGCAUCAUCGUCGGGAUUCGACGAGAACCGUUUCGAAGGUCUUGUUAGCGAGAACUUCAAAUGCACGAUAUGUUUUAACGUCCUCAACGACCCGAAGAGUUGCCAGAACAACCAACAUUAUUUCUGCAACGCGUGUAUCCAUCAAUACGUUCAGAAUUACUCGCAGACUUGUCCUGAAUGUCGACAGGAUUUGACGGUGGAAACGUUGGUCACACCUCCCAGGAUCUUGUUGAAUUGUAUUUCAGAACUUCGCAUCAAAUGUGAUCACGUCGAACGAGGUUGUGCCGCCAGAGUUCAACUUGAAAAACUUAAAAAUCAUCUGGAUGAAUGUGGGUUUGCUCCGGUUACGUGUGCGAAUGAUGGUUGCGACAUGGUUGUCAACAAACGAGACAGAAUUCACCACGAGACUGAACUAUGCGAGUUUCGCAGAGUGCAAUGUCAUAAUUGCGAAGAAUUGAGAAAUGAGAUGUCGAGAUUGAGCGAGAAACAAGAAAAUUUGAGCAAAACUACUGGUCAAAAACUAGUAAAGUUGGAAGGAAAGCUGGAUCAAGUCACAACACGGCUUCAGACCAUUGAGAAGAAUGUUAUGGGCAAAAUUACCGUGCUAAAUUUGUCACAUGAGCGCGGAAAUGCGAGCGUUGUUCAGGAAUUGAGGAAUGAGAUGUCGAGAUUGAGCGAGAAACAAGAAAAUUUGAGCAAAACUACUGGUCAAAAACUAGUAAAGUUGGAAGGAAAGCUAGAUCAAGUCACAACACGGCUUCAGAAUAUCGAAGGGAAUGUUAAUGCACUGAAUUUGGCACAUAACAGCGGAAAUGCGAGCCUUGUUCAAGAAAUUUCAGAGAUCAAGGGUUUCAUGAACGAUGUCUUGCGUAAACUCAGCAAUAUCAACAAUGUUGUUUGCCAAAUCCAAGCCCCGGAAACCCAAGAGAAAGAAAAAAAUAAAAGAGGAGACGAACGAGUUGGUGGACUAGCCGUUGCUUUGGAUGAUAAGAAAGAUAGUUCUGCUGAAAUAAAAAAAAAUGAUGAGCUGAUGCAACACAGCAAAACACAGGAUUCUUCUGUUGGUGAAAGCCCGAAGUGCAAUAUUCCUGCUUGGUCGCCUAAAGAUUAUGAUGGUAAUGAUAAUUCUGACGAUGUACCUCGGCCUUGGUAUGUUCCAACACUCACACCGAGAAAAGAACGGUUUAGGCUUAAUAAAAAAGGCCGCGCUGCCGACGCAGUCGUCGCUCAAUCUUCGCCUAGAUCCAAACCCAAAACGCACAGAAAUAUUGAAAUAGGCAUGCAAGUAGCUGUUAGUAGGCUCAAUGGAAAUCUGAGCGUCAUAGGAACGGUUCGAUAUGUCGGAACUUUACCUCUUGACAGAGAGAAAAUUUACGUUGGAGUCGAACUGGACUUUGCAAACGGUGAUAACGAUGGCGUCUUUGAUGGAAAACGAUAUUUCUGGUGCCGACUGAAUCAUGGCGUUUUCUGUCCCAUUGGUCAUGUGACACCAUUGUGAUAACUAUAGAACGUCAAGUAUCGUAUGAACUCUCUUCUAUGAAAUAAAUCAGUUGUAAAUUCUGGUAAAGUAUCUCGGAAGAAGAUGUGUGACGUAAAUUUUUCAACAAGUAAUCUUUCGCAUGUUAUAAUUAUUUUGAUGAUAUCGAUACAAACCAAUCGAUAAAUAUUGGCAAUCAAGAGGAGUCGGUAUAACAAUCGAUACUAAAUACCAAUGAUGAAGUGUAAUAGUUUUACAAUGGAUGAUAAUUAAUUUUUUAAAGAUUCCGUAAAAACGUGUGUGUUUUGUUUGCUCUGCAUAUAUUUGAAGAUCAGUUGUAUAUUUUGGACAGCUUUGGGCUUUUAAACCGCGGUUCCUUGCCGCGUUCUUGGCUACAUUGGAACGCAUAUUCAAUUUCAAAAUGCCCUUCCCGCUUUAUAU